CAGUGGUGACUGAAUACCUUAUAGAAUGGACUAGAGACACCUCAGUAGGCUGUUCUGAUGAGGACACAGGCAGUACCACUAUCACUGGACGUACCAGACACUACUAUACCUGGACUAGAGGAAGACAGUAGGUAUGCAGUCACUGUGACAGCCUCUAAGGAGCCCUGGAGAGUGAAGUCAGUAACCACAGUCACUGCAAUGACAUGGUGGCAGACCCAUCUGCCGCUCCAAGUCGAUGUGGAGGAAAUCGAGUGAAUCUCCUCUCCAUCACUGUCCAGUGGGGAGAGUGUACCAUGUGUCGAUCAGAAUGGAGCCAUCACAGGCUACUCAGUCCAGUAUGGAGUGAUGGGGAGUGGGCAGCACACAGACUGUCGACUGUUAAUGGAGCUGAUGUUACUGAGACGAUCAUUGAAAACCUCAUGUCAUCCACUACUUACUCUAUUGAAGUGGCAGCAGUCAACAGCGCUGGUACUGGAGAGUACAGUGAUCCCAGAAAUCAACUGACACGAGUUGAGGCUCCAGUUGUGACGGUAGUUGAGUCUUCAGUGACAGCUACCAGUAUCCAGUAACCUGGACAGUGGUGGCUCAGAGGGAGUCAGUUAUGUGGUGGAGUGGGAAUAUGGUGGAGGGUGUCCUGGUAUCAGUGGAGGCAGUCAGAGCAUUGGUGUUGGUGGGGGCAGAGAGUACACUAUAGAGGGUCUGGAGGAAUACAUCACAUACUCCAUUACUGUCAGAGCUAGCAAUUCUCUGGGCAGUGUUGAUAGUACUGCAGUUGAUGGAAGAACCAGUGAAGCAAGACCAUCUGCUCCUCCAAUCGACGUGACUGCUGAUGGUGCAUCAACCAUCAUCACUAUCCAGUGGGGAGAAGUGCCAUGUAUCCAUCAGAAUGGAGCCAUCACAGGCUACUCAGUCCAGUAUGGGGUGGAGGGGAGUGGGAACACACAGACCCUAAUAUCCACGGGAAAUGGAGCUGAAAUAUCUGGACUGGUAAUCUCCACAAACUACACUGUCCAAGUGGCUGCCAUAACUUCAGCUGGUGUUGGAGAAUACAAUGACCCACCACUCAUUGUCAACACUGAGACUGCAAUCGCUUUGACCAUAGUUGCUGCUACCACUACUUCCAUAUUGAUCCAAUGGGAUGUGAUUGAGGAAGCACAGGGAUCAAUAAUGCCAUCAGGAUACAACAUCUCCUACAGAAACACUGAAUACACUGACUGUUUCACAAAAUCCAACACCAUCUCUAUUCUUACUGAUUCUCUUGGAGGAAACUACAAUAUUGUAGGUUUAGAGGAAGGAACAGACUAUUCAAUCACUGUAGCUCUCCUGAUGGAUGGUGCUGUUACUGAUAGGAACACUGUCCUACAGGCUACUGCAGAAGCAGCUCCGUCAGCCCCUCCAUCUGAGGUGAUGGUGGCCAGUGUGACCUCUUCGACCAUCACUGUGGUGUGGGGAGAGGUACCUUGUAUCCAUCAGAAUGGAGCCAUCACAGGCUACUCAGUCCAGUAUGGAGUGAUGGGGAGUGGGAGCACAGAGUCUAUGGCUGUUGAUGGAGACUCCAGUGGAGGAAUGGCCACAAUCUCUGGACUGGAAGCAGCUACAAUGUAUGAGUAUCAAGUUGCAGGAAGAACUAGUGCUGGACCUGGAGAAUACAGUAGUACAAUGACCACACUAACAUCAGUGAGAGCUCCAACUGUGAUAGACUCCUCAGUAGGUCCAUUCUCAAUCUCCAUCUCCUGGACCAGCUCUGGUCCAGUGGUGGAGAGAUAUGAGGUGGAGUGGCAGAGAGACAGCUCAGGAGUCUGUCCUGAUGAACACAUGGGCAGUGCCACUGUGUCUGGAGGGUCUGUUAGGAGCUAUGACAUCACCAACCUGUUUGGUGAUAGUAGCUACAGCAUCAGAGUCAAUGCAACGAAUGCUGCUGGGUCUGCAAUCAGUGACCCACUAGUGGUAUCCACUGUUGAAGCAGCUCCCACAGCCCCACCUGCUAGUCUAUCCUCAUCCAGUGUCACUCCAAGCAGUUUCAGUAUUCAGUGGGGGAGGGUGCCUUGUAUCCACCGUAAUGGAGACAUCACAGGCUACUCUGUACUGGUUCAUGGGAAUGGGAGCAUGCAGAUGAUAGAUAUCAAUGACCCUGAUGUUCUAACAACUGAUAUCUCUGGACUGGUGUCUGACACGAUGUAUCUGGUGCAAGUUGCAGGAGUCAAUGGGCAGGGAACUGGGGUGUAUCGAGACCUCGCUGUUACCACACCUCAAACUGUAUACCUCAACUUUGGUGGGAUGAACCUCCCCACAAAUGGUUUGGUGAACAUCAGUCAACUGGGCAACUCCACUGAUACCGGGUUGGUCUGCAGCACAGACCAAUCCACGGAUGGGACACCCACAGGUGGAUGGUUUAACUCUGACGGAACAAUGCUAAGCACCAGCAGCUCUGAGGGGUUCUUUGUCAGUGAUGGAUCUGACGGAGUGUACCUGUUGAGAGGCUCAGGGAUACCAGUGGAGGGAAUCUAUACCUGCAGAGCCACCGACAGCUCUGGGAACUCUCGAACUGUCUUUGUUGGUCUCUACAAUGAGCAGGGAGGUGAAGUGGUGAUUGGUGGGGAGAUAGGGUUCACACUGGUCUCAGAGCUUACUGCAGAGGAGCCUCAGUUUACCCUGUCCUGUAACUCCACCGAUGGACCUGCUACAUCUGUCAUUUGGACCAGAGAUGCUGACACUGUUGGGGGAGGAACAACUGCAUUGAAUGAUGCAGUGGCUGGACACUACACCCACACCCUGACUGUGACUGGGAGACUGGGAGGAGUCUACAUCUGCACUGUUUCCAACAGCAUUUCAACUGCUGCUAGCCAAGGACAAACCAUAUCAGUUGCGAGUGCCCCUACUAAUUUGAUGUUGAUUCAAACGGAUGCUACAACUAUCAGAGUGACCUGGACCCCCCCAUCUCCACUGGGAAGUACCACUGGGUACACUGUAUUCUACUCCAGUGCAGAGUCAAAUGAGGCACUAGAUGUCCGCGAGGCCAGCACCAGUGAGGUGGAGUUGAUGAACCUGGCAGAGGGAGGGAGCUACUCUAUAUCCCUGGUGGCCAGAUCCCAACAUCUCCCCAGUCCAACACUCACUGACACACUGGACUUAGUCAGAGUUCCCAGGAACCUGGAGCUGAGUGUGGCAGACACCACCGGCACCUCCAUCACAGUAUCUUGGACUGUAGCUGGAGGCCAGGUGGAGAGCUACGACAUAGUCUGGGGGACUGGGCUUACUACAGAAGUGUCUGGCGAAGAGGAGAGCUAUACUAUUGAGGGUCUGGAGGAAGGAGAGAGCUAUACCAUCACUCUAACUGCCAGCAAUGCUGCCGGGAGCACUACAGACGACAUCACUGCAUCCACAACUCCAGCCGUAUACCUCAACUUUGGUGGGAUGAACCUCCCCACCAAUGGUUUGGUGAACAUCAGUCAACUGGGCAACUCCACUGAUACCGGGUUGGUCUGCAGCACUGACCAAUCCGCAGAUGGGACACCCGCAGGUGGAUGGUUUAACCCCGACGGAACCAUGCUAAGCUCCAGCAGCUCUGAGGGGUUCUUUGUCAGUGAUGGCUCUGACGGAGUGUACCUGUUGAGAGGCUCAGGGAUACCAGUGGAGGGAAUCUACACCUGCAGAGCCACCGACAGCUCUGGGAACUCUCGAACUGUCUUUGUUGGUCUCUACAAUGAGCAGGGAGGUGAAGUGGUGAUUGGUGGGGAGAUAGGGUUCACACUGGUCUCAGAGCUUACUGCAGAGGAGCCUCAGUUUACCCUGUCCUGUAACUCCACCGAUGGACCUGCUACAUCUGUCAUUUGGACCAGAGAUGCUGACACUGUUGGUGAAGGAACAACUGUAUUGAACGACGCAGUGGCUGCCCACUACACCCACACUCUGACUGUGACUGGGAGACUGGGUGGAGUCUACGUCUGCACCGUUUCUAACAGCAUUUCAACUACUACUAGUAGUGGACAAAACAUAGAAGUUGCCUCGUCUCCUACAAACUUGAUGGUGACUCAAGAAACACCAACCUCUUUCAGGCUCUCCUGGACUCCUCCCUCUCCACUGGGAGACACCACUGGCUACACCAUCUCCUACACUGGAGGAGGCAGCAGUGGUAGUGUGAAUGUUGCCGGUGGCUCAACCGACAGCUUCUCACUGACUGGUCUCGAUAGUGGAGAGACCUACACUAUUUCCCUUAUUGGAAGGUCUCGACAUAUCCCUAGUGCUGCAAUCACAGCUCAAAUUGUACCAAUCCCAGCUCCAGGACAGGUGUUUGUGUCAGUGAGCUCCAUAACAGCCACCUCCAUCUCCCUCUCCUGGAGUGUGUCCAGUGGGAGGGUGGCCAGUUGGGAGGUGGUCUGGAGACCCACUGACAGAGGCACUGAGAGCACCAGUGGUCCUCUGUCUGGCACUACCUACACCAUCCAACAGUUGGACCCCUCCACUAACUACACACUCACUGUAUCAGCCACUAAUGUAGCUGGAACUACUGACAGCACUCCAAUACUUUUCUCUACAGGUGCCAGUAAUCAAGCAACGAGUUCAUCGAGUGAAUUAGAGAGUGGUGCGACCAUUGGUGGAGUGGUAGGGGCUGUAUUGAUCAUUGCUGCAGCGACCCUCGUUCUUAAUGUGGCGAUAGCUCUGCUACUGAGACGUCAGAGAGGCAACUACUCCACCUCUGCCAAGAGGAGGCAUGCCUAAUACUCCUCACUCACCACAACCUAUUCUAUGUAUGCUGUACACACACAGAAGUGAGAUGGUGGGUGCUCCUGGAUCUGCUGCUACAGUUCUAGAACUCUCCAAGUUAUCAGAUAUAACUUAUGCAAGUCCGUUCCAGACCACCAGUAAUGAGGCCUACAAUGUAGUGAGAGGGACUGGAAGGACAGCUGAAGUUGAAUAUGAAGUACCACAAAACCUUCCUCCCUCCACCUCAUCGUUCCAACCUGCAGCUGGAGACAACACCUAUGAACCUGUCUGACACUGACACUCUGUGUGUAUAAAUGAUGUGGUAGCUGAAGCAUUAUAUUUUGUCUUCACCUUUGUUUUUACUCGUUUUUAUCAAUUGCCAUUUGACAUAGUUUUUUUAUAUCACUCGUAGAAGAUACACGAUACUAGUAACUCGAGAUAUGUCAACCACCCCACACCAUGAUAAUA